CUGAAAUCAAAGAGAGGAAAAUGGCACAAGAGAACAAGUUCGUUUACACUCCCAGCGAAGCAGCAGAAGUAGGCAUCCACGGCCCCAAAGACCUUCCAAAGCUGAUGGACAAGGCCAUGUCACUCGCUCUGGUUCCAGUCUCCAAAUUCGGUGUCGGCGUCGUUGGACUCACAUCAAAGGGUGAGGUCUACAUAGGCGUCAAUGUCGAACUACCAGGUCUUCCUCUUCACAACUCCAUCCACGGUGAGCAAUUCCUCGUCACCAACCUCGCUCUCAACUCCGUGGAAGAGCUCACUCACAUAGCCGUCUCCGCUACCGGCUCCAUCUUCGGUGCGCCAUGUGGCCACUGCCGCCAGUUUUAUCAAGAAUUGGGCACCCCGCCUGCUGUCAAAAUCCUGAUCAAAAAACCAGAAGACGGCAUAGACGAGUUCGUGAGCCUGGAGAGCCUCAUGCCGGAGAGAUUCGGCCCUGAUAGUCUCCUCCCGGCAGGUUCUCCUCUCCUUCUUGCGCAGCGCGAUAACAGACUCGUCCUCUUGGACAACUCUGAAGAGAUCUGCUCAGAUCGAGAGGAUUGUUCCCAUCCAAAGUGCAAGGCUCUAGCAGCGGCGAACAGAUCGUACGCGCCGUACAGCAAAUGUCCGUCGGGAGUGGCGCUGAAGUGCGGUGAUGAAGUGUACAGAGGAUGGUACAUUGAAUCUGUUGCGUAUAACCCAAGUUUAGGGCCAGUUCAAGCUGCACUGGUUGAUUUCGUGGCUCGUAGCGGAGGCAAAAAGUUCGAGGAGAUCACUGAAGCGGUGCUGGUGGAGAAGAAAGAUGUGGAUGUGAGUCAAGAGGCCAUGGCGAAGAUUGUCUUGCAGAAGAUAGCUCCUGGCUGCGUUUUCAAAGUCCUCCAUUGCUACGAUACCAAGAAACCAGAAUAAAUUUGAAUCAUAUUUUCAUGAUAUACAGUAUGAAGAGAUGAUAUUAUUAUGGAAAAUAAUACGCCAGUAGAGGAUUAAUUAAUACACUGGUCUGCGUUAUUAAACUCUUUUAUUAUCCUGUCUUAACUAUUAUGAAUGUCAUCAGUACGAUACAAUCAUAAUUAUGUUAUGUGUUAACCUUUCGAUAAAAUCAAUAUAACCCUAUAGUUAUACACCA